AUGCCGAGUGUAACGCAGCUUGCGGAGUGCGUGAAUAUUAUUCAAAGGCAGAAUUUGCCAUUCUUUCAGGAAAAGAUCGUCGAGUUGGGUACUGGAAUUAGCAACGGAAGGCUUUGGGAUAUCCGUAUAACCACAAAGAGAAAAAGGAUCAACGGCUUAGAGGAGAAAGAAAUGGCAAACGAACCUCCGCGUGAGGUGUCCGAAGAUCCCACUGAUGAUGCGGUAGAGGAGACUACCACCCCUGUCGCCCAAAGGGAUAAAAAAGGAGAGCAGGUGCUUGUUUGCAGACCCCAGGUUGGCAGAAGAAUAGCCGGUGGUGGUUUCGUGGGUGUAUGGCGAAAAAAGAAACCAUAG